AACACCUGCAGGCCUCCAACAUCACCUCUUGUGCAAUAUGGUCCAACCGUGGCUCAUUUUUUCUGCUGCUUCUGCCUUCUGCUGUUUAUAAAAAUUAGAUCUGAUAAGUAGCGGUUGGCAUACAAAAGCUGCUGCAUUUUCCACAAAAAGGGAUAAACAAAGAUGUGGGACCAAAUAGGACAGGUUUGCUCUGAGGAAUUGCAGGGAAACAGCCAAAAUUUCAAACAGAAUUGUGGUGACAGAAGAAAACGCAAUAACUACACCAACACGCUUAAAGAAUUGGCUCAGAUGUUGCCCAUACCAUUGCGGACUAGUUGUAAGAGGUUGACAAAGAAAGAAAUCCUACUCCGGGUCCUUCGCUACAUUGAACAUCUGCAGGCAAGCAUUGAUACAGCCAGAUCACUACUACAAGUUCGUGGCGGGGAGCAAAAAGUUGGAUCUCAGCGGGUGGUGAUAUCUGCCCUGAAGAGAGAGCACAGAGAAGUCACGCCACGGGCAAAAAUUCCCAAGCCCCUGGGUGUCUACAAGAAACCCAGAAAGAGGAGACGGACACGCAAAUCAGACCGGCGAGGUGUGAGCAAGAAAGUGUGCAAGUGCCUUGCUCUGGAGACAGGAAAGGACUUUGCCCACACUGUCCCACCCCCAGAGGAGGAGGACCUGCCUGAUGUGGGAGACGUGUCUUCUAUUCUUUCAUCCUUCCAGAAGCAAUCAACUUCCUUUCCCAAUUUCAAAGUUCCAUUACCAGAGUCUAACCAGCCUGCAAACACUAAACAUCUGGAUAUCACCAAAGCUGGAGUCCCAUUUGAUCCUGCAGGUUGGAAUUUUGAUGGUAGCCAGGAAUAUAAGGAUGACAAUGUGUUUUCUAUGUGUGUAGCACAAAUGGCUUACAAUAAGCUGCAUCGAUGUAACGAGGGGCCUGGACACACAUUGGUGAGGCAGGAGCUAGUGCAUUAUCAUUCCUCUUGUGAAGAAGAAGAGGAAGAAGGCCCCAAAGCCAAUCCUUGGCUCUCCAUCCAGUCCCCUUUGGGAUUCUCCAGUAGUAAUAUGCAGCUGCGUUCCCCUGGGAUUGGAACCCAAAGCAACAGUUGUUCUGAUUUGGGGCUGAGCCCUUCGCUUUUCUCCUCUCCUGCUCGGCUCCUCCCCACACACAUUCUCCAAGGUGUUCAGGAGGAACUUUCUCCAGUAUUAUUCGAAGAUGUGUAUUUGUCUCCUCAGUCCAGCAGUUUUUCUCAGACCCCUUCUGGAACACUCCUGAGAAAGUCAGCAUUCACACUGGAUCACUGUUACCUUUCCUACAGUGAAGCAGGUAAAAUCGAUUCCAGCCCCGUGUCAAGAGUGAAUGAAAUAGAAUCCUCAUGGAGCGAACAAUUCCAAGAGGAGGCUCCUCUCAUCAGAUCAGAAUGUCCUGUAUCCUCCAGUGAUGAGAACAGUGACAGCACCUGGACACCAUGCAAGAGGGCAAAGUCAUCGCAGGGACCCUCUCAGAAGAAGAAGAAAGUGGGUAGGAGACAGAGGCGCCGACCAGUGGCCUGUGAGAAACGCAGCAGCUCAUCUCCUCUACAGCUAAAGAAGAAAUGUGUGAAUGGCUUUAUCAUGUUUUGUCGCUUGAACCGCAAGCACUUCAUCCGCACUUGCCCAGGCAUGGCCUCCACUGCAGCUACAAGGGAACUGGCCCAGCUGUGGCGUAUGAUGACAAAGCAAGAGCGGAAGCCGUAUUGCAUGAAAGCUCGGAGAUUCAGCCGCCUCAACAAUCGAAUUGUGAGGGAUGACUUCUCCAGUGGUGAUGAGGAGCCAGAGCCGCCCAAACCCUUCCACCUGCUGCUUGCUGAGAAAUCCAUUCCUGGUACCCAGGCGUUUGGCGACUGCUCUUUAUUAGGCUGUAUUCCAUGACUCUUCACCACAGUGAUGGUAAUGCAUAUCUAUCCAGUAGGGUCAGGACCCCUCUCUCUGGUGAUGCUGUCUGAACAUCCCAACCAAUGGGCCUGUGCCUACUACAUGUCUAGCAACGUACCAAGCAAUAGGAGUUUUACUGGUCUCAUUAACAGGGGGAAUGUAGGGCUGUAGAGAAGCAAUAAGGGAGGAGGCCAUUCACCCUCUGUUUCCCCCCAAUGCAUCAGUUGUCCCCAUCUGUUUUCCUUUUUUAGUGCUUGUAUAGUAUCCUACCACCAGUGUUUCAUCUGUCGCCAUGCUUUUGAUUUUCUAAGUUGCUCCCUGAGCAGAAUGAAAACCUAGGUGGAUGUGUUUCUACAAGACUCCCAGGUGUUCUAGUAACUAUUAUGUAUGCUGUUCUAUCCUGCCUGUGGCCCACAGUUAAUCCCUAGUAGUCUUGAACAGAGCAGUAUGGACUGCAGGAAGAAAGCAAUGAAAGGAAAGGGAAUCCACAGCUCUAGGUGAUGGGACCAUGCUGGUCUA